CAGUCUACAGCGGGACAAGCAACUGGCUCGGCCAACAUUAGUGGAUGCUGCAACUCCCGUGAGGACGGACGGCGACCGCGCGCUCUCGCUACGAUCACCAUUUACGAACUCUUCGAAAAAAGUUUUCGACUCUUUUCUCUGCAAACUUUUUUAGAUUAGAAGUAAUAAAAACAGUUUUUCUGUAAUUAUUUGUGGACAUCGGUGUUAGUGUUUGUGCGUGUGAAUUGUUGUUGAAGUUUUAUAGGUCGUCACUCCAUAUAGUGGAGGGUUGUCCUACACUGCGUUUACCCGUACGUGGUCGUCACUCAAGAACCUUCCCCAUCGGUUGUCCGUUCUUCGAGCUAUGUGACCAGCCCAUUGCCACUUCAGCUUGCUUAUCCUUCGGGCCAUAUUCAAUGUAUGACAAUGCCAAAGCUUAACGAUAAACGUCCAUCGUCGCUAUCGCUACAUCGUUGAUCUCUUGUCGUUCACAACCCAGCGCUGGGAAUAGAACUCUGGUGCGAGUAGUGUCGAUGGGAAUGUGUUCAAAAUGAUCGUCAUCGAAACAAUUAGGAUGUGAAGCCAUGGUGGAAUGGGUGCGUCGCGCGAGCACACCGCUACGCGCGUCCACGGCCACACUCAACUCGCCACGCGGCCACGAGGGGGCGCUGCUGUCGUUAAUAUUUCUUCUACUGUACGUCAGGAGCGGCGGCGCGGGCGGGCCGCUGCUGGGCGCCAACCUGGUGUGCGCGCGCGGCCUCACCGACCGCCAGCGGGCCAUGUGCCACGCCGCGCCCGCCGCCGUCGCCGCGCUCGGCACCGGGCUCAGCAUGGCGUACAAGGAGUGCCGCGCCCAGCUCAGCGGCUACAGGUGGAACUGCUCCGGGGUCGGUGACGGCGCGUACUUCGGGCACGUAAUGCCGCUAGCGACGCGCGAGGCAGCGUUCACGUACGCGAUCACGGCGGCGGGCGCGACGCACGCGCUGAGCGCGGCGUGCGCGCGCGGCGACCUGCCCGCCUGCGGGUGCGCGCACAACAGCAAACUGUCGGUGCAGCGGCGGCGCGGCAGCAGCCCUUCCUCUUCGGACCAGUUCCAGUGGGGAGGGUGCGGGGAGGUGGCGUUCGGCGCAAGGUUCGCGCGCCGCUUCCUCGACGCCCGCGAGUUGGAGGCGGACGCUCGCAGCCUCAUGAACUUACACAACAACCGCGUCGGCAGGAAGGUGAGCGAGACGGUGAAGGAGCUGGUGCGGCGCGAGUGCAAGUGCCACGGCGUGUCGGGGUCGUGCGCGGUGCGCACGUGCUGGCGCGCGCUGCCGCCGUUCGCGGCGGUGGCGCGCGCGCUGCGCGAGCGCUACCGGCGCGCGCGCCGCGUGGCCGCGCACGCCGCGCCGCCGCCGCGCACCGCCUUCGCCGCGCACGUGUCGCUGGCCGCCGCCGCCGCCGCCGUCGUCCAGCCGCACCUCGUGCUCAGGCGAUACCGUCCGAACGGCGUGGGCCGGCCGCCGCGCAAGUCGGAGCUGGUGUACCUGGCGCCGUCGCCGUCGUACUGCGAGCCCGACGCGGCCGCCGGCUCGCCCGGCACCCACGGCCGCCACUGCAACCGCACCUCCAGAGAUGAGGACGGUUGCGAGAAGCUAUGCUGCGGGCGCGGCUACAACACGGUGCGCGUCGUGAAGCACGUGCAGUGCCGCUGCCAGUUCCACUGGUGCUGCAAGGUCACCUGCGACACCUGCCUCUCGCGCACCGAGACGCACGUCUGCGAGUGACCGGCCCCACGUGUGCCAAUACACGAGUGACCGUCUUCAUAUGUAUGAGUGAUUAGACCCACGAGUGCGAGUGACCGUCGCCACGUGUGUACAUGACCGGCCAACAUGUGCGAGUGACCCGCCUCACGUGUGCGUGUGACCGGACCCACCUGUACGAGUGACCCAACACACCUCUUUUUUUAAUCUGAAAUUGUACAGAAUACAAACUCCAACAAGCGGGGAACAGCCAGUAUAUCAUUGUACUUGUUUGCAUUCUAAAUUUAUUAUUCACGCUAGACAAUUAGCAUACAACAGUGUUAAAUAUACCUAAUUAAUAUUUCAAUAAUUAAUAAUCCUAAUAAAGAUAAACUUGAUGGUAAUAGUCUGCGUUGGAGGUCCGCGCGGACCAAAAACAAUCUUCGGCCUACAUUUUGUCUGACAUAAUACACAGUAUUCAUCAUAUAAGCCUUUAACCAAUGUUGAACAUAAGCUUCCCCCUUGAAAGUUUUGCCAGUAGUUGCUACGCUUGGCGGGGGGAUUAGCAACCGCAGUUAGGCUUUGGAGAUAUUUUAAGAGGGACGCUACUGUCCAUCCCUCGCCCUCGCUUAGUCGCUUCUUACGACACCCACGGGAAAGGAAGGGGUGGUCUAUUCUAUGCUAGAACCACACUGUAAUAUACAGUAAUGCAUGCUGCAAAACAUGCGACUCUCAAUUGACGACACGGUGUUCUUUAUACUCACCCGCGAAUUUGAUACUCUGGGUCAUGCCAUCUACAGGGCAUAUUCAUCUGUGUAUCCAUCAUCAGGCAUGUAACUAUGUACUUAAUACAAUUAUUUGAUUUCUAUGAAGUUAUCCUACUGAUAUGAAAUGUAAAAAUUUGCUAAAACUCUUGAAUACUUGUUACUAAGUCGCUGAUAAUUAAUUUAACAGUGUAUGUUGCCAACAUGUAAUUACACUGAUCAAUUUAAAAGCAUAUAAAGUACUUAUACUAUUUGUAGUAGAGUCUCGUACUUAACACUGAUUAAUUUCUUUAACUUACCUACAGUUUUGUAUUUAUAUAAAAAUUGACGAUGUUACUCCAUAGAAAAAAUCUUAACUAUAAAAUAAUAACAGUACUGUCCUAUCAAUUGUAAAAAUAUAUAUUAAUAUUGAUUUAGAAUUGGCGAGGAUAUUGCUUAACAUACGAAAGAAAAUACAGACGAGUGGAGAAUAUCAACCUUUUUACAUGUAUACCAUUUCAAAUUGUUUUCUUUGUGCUAUUUUAAUCCAAGUUUGUAAAUAUGUCUCCACAAUACUAGUUGAAGCACUAGCUAUAUUUAAUGCAUUUAAUGUACGACAACGGCUUUAAUAUUGUAACUUAUAUCAUUAUAUUAAUUAUAAUAAGUACACAAUAAGUUUAGACAUAACAAUUAUCAUAAGUGUGCGAACAUUAUACAUACAUUCCUUAAGUUAAUCCUAACUUAUUCACUAUCACAUUGAACACGUGCGCUUCUCAAAUAAAGUUUUGUUUUACAAUAU